AUGCUCGGCGCCGCUCUCCAAAGAGCCCCUCCCUCCCCCAAAAGGGGCGUGGCUGAAACCCGGAAGAGGCUCAGCUGGAUUUGGGGAAACAAGGAAGAGGACCGGAAGAGGAGGCAGAAGCGGCUGGGAUCCUGCGACCACUUCAGUUCCCUUCCAAGAGCGCAAAGAGUGCCCGUUUCCCAAGAGGAUGGCUCACUAGCCGAAAUGGCCACCCCGUCGCCCUGCGUGUUGUAAGCUGCCGACUCCUGUCUCCUCCAGAUCUCACAUGGAUACGGAUUGCUUCCGGGAAGCCAAAAGGCACGCACGGAGUGACAUGAGAGCCAGAGGCCAGCGUCUCUUCCCUGAGUAGAAGGCCUGGAUGCCGUCCAACUAGGAUCAAGAACUCUUCUUACAUUGUGCAAGGAACCGCUGUUACAUUCCCUGCUUGUCCCUUUUCCUCCUGGAUCCCUCUCUGUUGCCUUUUCCUCCCGGUACCAUGUCCGAAGGCUCUGGCCCCUUCCUGGUAUGGGUCCAAGAAGUGGCCGCGCUCCUGAUGCUCCGCGUGCGCCGGACGGUCCUGCAGACGGCCAUCCUGCUCUGCGUCCUCCUGCUUCUUCUCUGGAUCUCCGUCUUCCUCUAUGGAAGCUUCUACUACUCCUAUAUGCCUACCGUCAGCUACGUCAGCCCUGUGCAUUACCAGUUCAGGACGGACUGUGGCCUGCCUGGACCAGAGCUGUGCUCCUUUCCCAUUGCCAACAUCUCUUUCAUCAAGGACAGCCGGGACCAACAGGUCCUGAUGUAUGGCCAGCCGUACCGCAUCUCCCUGGAGCUGGAGUUGCCGGAGUCCCCGGUCAACCAGAACCUGGGGAUGUUCAUGGUGGUCAUUUCCUGUUACACCAAAGGCGGGCGCAUCAUCUCCUCUGCAGCCAGAUCGGCGAUGCUUCAUUACCGGUCCAGCUUGCUUCAGAUCCUCGACACCUUGGCCUUUGCCAGCCUUUUCCUGGCUGGUUUUUCAGAGCAGAAGCAGGUGCUGGAGGUCGAGCUGUUCUCCGACUACAAGGAGGAUUCGUAUAACCCAACCGUUGGUGCUGUUGUUGAAGUGCAGACCACAAAGAUCCAGAUCUAUGGUGCCCACCUGCGAAUCCAUGCCCAUUUCACUGGACUACGGUAUCUCCUCUACAACUUCCCAGUGACGUCGGCUAUUUUGGGGGUGGCCAGCAACUUCACCUUCCUGAGUGUCAUCGUCCUGUUCAGUUACCUGCAGUGGAUCUGGGGCAGCAUGUGGCCCAAGGAGCCUCUUUCUGUCAAGUUAUCUGUCCGGGAAAAAUCGGAAGCCUUACCGUCAACGGAAGAUGUUUGCCGGCGGGUUGUGAUCCCUAAAGAAGGCUUUCAGGAAGAGCAGACAAUUACGUCACUACAGACCGAAGAUUUAGGGGCGUCUGAUGGAGAAGCGAUGUUGAAACCAGAAGCCCCAAAGAGCGACCUUCCGAAGCCUCGUUCUGGGACAGAGUCCGACCUCGACAAGGCGGAGAACGAAGAUCCCGAGUUUGAGUUUGAGGACGGCUCUUCCCUGCUCUCCGAAGCCAACUUCCCGGUCCCUUCACUGCAAGGGGAUCCCUCCAGCCUGCUGCCUCCGGGUGCCCGGACCCUCACGUCAGACUUGGAGAUCCGGCAGAGAAACAUCUGCUCAAGUUCCUGAGUCAGUGGGAUUGCUCUUGUGCUCGGCCCCUUCUCAGCACUCCUGAUAGUAUAUAUGCACACCAGAAGCCUUGCUCCACCACGGGAAGCCAUUGCUCCCGGCUUAUAUUCCCGUUCCGGGUCCAAUCCUUCUCUCCUUUGCCCACAAACCUGGUCACUUUAAAAUAAAGUUUACUUGCAAUGA